GAUGUCUUAGUAACAAGACCCACCAAGUGCAAAGAAAAGAAUUAGAAGAUGCACUAAACAUGAUGAAACCCCUCGUCCCUAUAAAUGUGGUUGUGGGCGUGGUUACUACAGCUAUCCAGCAUUGUACACUCAUUUGAAGUAAACCUAUACAUAUCUCGAAAUAGGAUUAAGCAUGAAGGGCAGCCUCCUACAGGGACUUAAAUACCAAGUGAUAAGCACUAUGGAAGUAGGGGAAGACCAAGAGAGAAAAAUUUUAACUUCGAAGAAGAAAGCAAGCAUCAAGUCUUUAUUGAUGAAGAUAAGAGGGAAGACAAUCAGAAAGAUGAGAAAGUCACAAUCAAUUAAUGAA